AUGGCCUCUGCUUUGGAAUCGGCCGAGCCAAUGUCUCCCGUUUCCAUUUCUGAGACCGGGAACCAGAGUGGGAGCGAGACAGAUGGAUUUUCUACAAGCUCCGAGGAGACAGGAGCCCCGACAUCGAGCCGGGUCAUCGGGCGCAAGCGAAAGGCGGGGGAAAUGGAAGGUGACUGCGACACGGCCACCCAAGAAACAAGCCGGGGUUCCGGAGUCAUAAGCGAGGGGCAUGACCAAGACGCAGGCGCUGCCUACGGGUUCACUGUGACUUGCCCCAUCUCGUGGAGACAGAGACAGACAAUUAAAAGUGACAGCGGGCACCAACUAUACGUGGACCACCCUCUUGGACUGAAGUCCCUCCGUAUUGAAUUUCUCGUGGAACCGGGCGCGAAGUGGACUCGCUUAUCAAGGUUCAAGAGUGGUGUGUAUGCGAACGGUGCUACUGAUUACACUUUCUGUGUCAACGACUACGUGCUUGUCAAUCGCCACACGCCUCCGCGACGGCCACUUCCAGAGGGUGUAACAGACGAGGAGGAACUUCAAUGGCUGAAGGACAAUUUCUGGGUGGCGCUUAUAGCUGGCUUCCAUUCCCUAGAGCGCAAAACGGCCUUCGUCCGGCUGUGGUGGCUUUACUGGCCAGAGGAGCUACCCAUGGGGCGGCAACCAUAUCAUGGCCGAAGAGAACUGUUGAUGAGCAAUAAGGCCGACAUCGUCGAGAUGACGACAAUCUCAAACCUCGCCUCCGUCUGCCGGUGGGAGGAAAGGGAUGAGAGGGAAAUCGGAUUACUGAAUGCAGAGCUGUUCUGGCGCCAAACUUACAAUCUCAACGUGCAACAGCGCAGCUUGAGAGCACUCAGUAAGCUCAAACGACACUGUGUCUGCAAGGGCUACGACAACCCCGAUCGGGAGAUGUACGUGUGCUCCGGCUGCGGCUUAGGCAACCACGAGGCUUGCCUAAUUGCCGCCAUGGAACAGAGGGCAUGGCAACGAUUCAAAGAGGGGACGCUCACCCAUGAGAAUCCCGAGGAGCAUGACUCUUCAAACCAGAAGACACGAAAGCCCUCGAAUGGCGCGAAACCUUGGGCAGGCAAAUUGGAAGGCAAGAUCUCGCGAACUCAAAGGUUCGCAGUUGACAUCCAAUCUACGGAUUACGCAGUUGAACUAUAUCAUCAUGCUGCCACCAUCCAGCAGCUUGUACCACAAAGCAAGCAGAGUGCUAACGGUCCGUUCCAACCCGUGGUCUGGAAUAUGAAUUUGGAUUGUCUGCGAUGCGGCGCACCGUUGAAUGAACGGCCUGUAUGA